AUGGAAGGUCGUGACGAUAUUAAUUCUGCCAUUGAAGCUGGUGUGACGGAAGCCAAUGCUACAUUGAUCAAAGGUAAAGAUGUCAGAGAGUUGGGCACAAAAGAAGGAUGUGAUGUGGUUACUUCUGCCACGGAGGCAGGUGUGACGGAAGUCAAUGCUACAGUGAUCAAAGGACAGCAGGUCAUAGAGUCGGCCACAAUGGAAGGUCGCGACGAUAUAAAUUCUGCCACAGAAGCUGGUGUAAAGGAGGUCACAGCUACAAUUAUCAAAGGUAAAGAUGUCAUAGAGUUUUGCGCAAUAGAUGGAUGUGAUGUGGUUACUUCUGACACAGAGGCUUGUUUGACGGAAGUCAAUGCUACAGUGAUCAAAGGACAUCAGGUCAUAGAAUCAGUUACAAUGGCAGGAAGUGACGUUAUUACUUCUGCCACAGAGGCUGGUGUGACGGAAGUCAAUGCAACAGUGAUUAAAGGACAGCGGGUCGUAGAGUCAUUAACAAUGGAAGGAUGUGACGUUGUUACUUUUUCCACUGGAGCUGGUGUGACGGAAGUCAAUGCUACAGUGAUCAAAGGACAUCAUGUCAUAGAGUCGGCCACAAUGGAAGGUCGUGACGAUAUUAAUUCUGCCAUAGAAGCUGGUGUGACGGAAGUCAAUGCUACAGUGAUCAAAGGAACAGAUGUCAUAGAGUUGGCCACAAAAGAAGGAUGUGGUGUGGUUACUUCUGCCACAGAGGCGGGUGUGACAGAAGUCAAUGUUACAGUGAUCAAAGGACAGCAGGUCAUAGACUCGGCCACAAUGGAAGGUCGUGACGAUAUAAAUUCUGCCAUAGAGGCUGGUGUAAAAGAAGUCACAGCUUCAAUGAUCAAAGGUAAAGAUGUCAUAGAGUUGGCAACAAUAGAAGGAUGUGUUGCGGUUACUUCUGCCACAGAAGCUGGUGUGACGGAAGUCAAUGCUACAGUGAUCAAAGGACAGCGGGUCGUUGAGUCAGCAACAAUGGAAGGAUGUGACGCUGUUACUUUUGCCACUGGAGCUGGUGUGACGGAAGUCAAUGCUACAGUGAUCAAAGGACAGCGGGUCGUAGAGUCAGCAACAAUGGAAGGAUGUGACGCUGUUAAUUUUGCCACUGGAGCUGGUGUGACGGUAGUCAAUGCUACAGUGAUCAAAGGACAGCGGGUCGUAGAGUCGGCCACAAUAGAAGGUCGUGGCGAUAUUAAUUCUUCCACAGAGGCUGGUGUAAAGGAGGUCACAGCUACAACGAGCAAAGGUAAAGAUGUCAUAGAGUUGGCCACAAUAGAAGGAUGUGAAGCGGUUACUUCUGCAACAGAGACAGGUGUGACGGAAGUCAAUGUUACAGUUAUCAAAGGACAGCAGGUCAUACAGGCGGCCAUAAUUGAAGGGCGUGACGUUAUUACCGGCAUCAAGACACAAAAGGAGGACGAGGAUUUUGCUCUUCAAUGCAGCGGUAAGAAAAUAAACAACAUCCAAGAAGUAAGCAUGCCUAUCUAA